UCGGUGGCGGUGGCGGCGGCAGCGGCCCUGGACUGCGGGGAAUGGGAAUCCUAGGUCUUUGAGCACCGCCCCCGCCUCCCUGCCCGCGACAUGGCUCAGGAGAAGAUGGAGCUGGACCUGGAGCUGCCUCCGGGCACGGUUGGGAGCCCGGCGGAGGGCGGCGGCAGCGGCGGCGGCGGCGGCGGGGGCCUCAGGAGGUCUAACAGCGCCCCCCUGAUCCACGGCCUCAGUGACACUUCGCCGGUGUUCCAGGCCGAGGCGCCGAGCGCCAGGCGAAACAGCACAACGUUCCCGAACCGCCACGGCCUGCUACUACCGGCCUCCCCCGUCCGCAUGCACAGCAGCCGCUUGCACCAGAUCAAACAGGAGGAGGGCAUGGACUUGAUCAAUCGAGAGACCGUCCACGAGCGCGAGGUGCAGAACGCAAUGCAGAUAAGCCACUCCUGGGAGGAAAGUUUCAGCCUGAGUGACAACGACGUGGAGAAAUCCGCCUCCCCGAAACGCAUCGAUUUCAUUCCGGUGUCGCCAGCACCGUCACCCACCCGGGGAAUUGGGAAGCAGUGUUUUUCACCAUCCUUGCAAAGUUUUGUGAGUAGCAAUGGAUUGCCUCCAAGUCCUAUUCCCAGCCCAACGACCCGAUUUACUACCCGGAGAAGCCAGAGUCCAAUUAAUUGCAUUAGACCAAGUGUUCUUGGACCAUUGAAAAGAAAAUGUGAAAUGGAAACUGAAUAUCAGCCAAAGAGAUUUUUCCAGGGCAUCACCAACAUGCUUUCUUCUGACGUUGCACAGCUGUCAGAUCCUGGUGUGUGUGUAUCUUCCGAUACCCUUGAUGGAAACAGCAGCAGUGCCGGAUCUUCUUGUAAUUCACCAGCGAAAGUCAGCACUACCACCGACUCUCCUGUGUCACCUGCCCAAGCGGCCUCUCCAUUUAUUCCAGUAGAUGAACUUUCAUCUAAGUGAUUCACCUACCCAUCCUGAUACUCGGUUUUGUUUUUGUCUUUGCAAUGAAGAGAAAAAUGAAGUUGGAACAAGCACUGAACUUUGUCGAUUAAUUUGAGGCUAUUUCCUAUUUUACCCUUUUUCCUUUUUUGGAAUUUCCUGAAAUGUUGGUAUUCUAGAGAACUUUUAUGUCAGAUUCCUGCGGGCGCCCUUGAAUUCAGUGUAGUAAUAUUUUCAGACGUUUUCCCAAUAAGUGUGUUGAAGCAUACAUCUUUACGCUGCUAAUAUGUCUAAAUACAUAUGUUAUCCCUUGA